CUCGCAUUGCUCUGCCCAACAGUCGUCCAGGCCCGCCCGCUCCAAACAUGAAGCUCGUGAUUGUCCUCUGCCUGGUGGCUCUAGCCUGGGCCGACAAGGACGCCAAAAUCGUGAACCAGCAGUUCGAGAUCAACGAGGAUGGCUCCUAUGAGGCCCAGCACGAAACCAGCAACGGCAUCCGCGCCGAUGAGAACGGCAUCUCGUACCCGGGCAACGAGCCGGAGACGGGCAACUACGUGAGGACCGGCUCCUACUCGUACGACUGGGAGGGCGUCACCUACACCGUCACGUGGGAGGCCGACGAGAACGGAUACUUUGCCCAGGGUGACCACCUUCCCUAGAAGAGCCUUCUGUUCCCUCUUCCCGCUUCCUUCGUCCCUCCGUCGUCUUUGUCCCGUGUCCCACCACUGCGAAGAAGUGUCUCUGUGCACCAUGAGCCUUCGUGUCAGUCCCGCGUGUUAUCUGUGAUCUGUGGUCCGAAAUCAUCAAUACAUUUGGCAACUAAA